GGCGGAGCAGAUUGGGACAAGGGCCGCGACGUCCCAAAGGACCGUUGCACCUUACGCCAAGCGAGCCCGUUUCUGUCAAAGCAGGGGGCGACAAUCCGGUGGCUUCGCGUUGACUGUUUCUCGGAAAGCGUCGAAGGCAACCUCCUCCCCCCCCCCAUGUGUCAGUCACCUUUUUUAAACACAACAACACCUCUCUUCUCUUCUCUCCCUAGCCGCAAGGGGAACGGCCAGCGAUUCGGGGAUCGAAAGCUAAAACCAGAUUUCUCCGUCGCUGAGGAUUCCCCGAUCUCUUGGGGUUUGCCCUGGCCGGGUCUCCUGCACAGUCUGGUGCGCGCUUCACUCCGUCCUGCUUGGACAAGAGGGCUCCGAGUGCGGUUCCGGCUGUCCAUCCAUCCUUCCUUCCGCCUUCCCUGCUUCGCCUCCCCGGCAGCCCUCCAGGGAAGAAAGGAUUGGAACGCUUCCAUCUCCUGUAUCUUUUCACUCACACCCACAAAAACCUCCAUGGCAACGGGGCUCUUCCCGCAGGACACCCUGCGCUCUCUCCCCCUCUCCGCCCUCCGGCUGCAGCCGGAGCCAGAAAAAAAUCAGCAACGGAGGCCGAGGAGGAAGGACUCUCGCUCAGCUGCUCUCCCGGAGUCGCUUGGAAUUGGGCUGCGCCGCUAUUCGAAGCAAUCCCCGCCGCUGCUUCCCCAAGAUGCUCAUCUUCAGCUUCUUGGUGGGGGAUGGAACUGUGAGGCUUUCCUGCGACUGGAUAGGGGGCAGGCAAGAGAAUGGCAGCCAGGGCCUGGGAUCUCCUUAAAAAAGCCCCCCCCCCGCACAGAAUCCAAAGAUGGACUUUUUGGGUUCUUUGCAAACUGGGCCUCCAGAUGUGGUUGAAUUCUGGAGCUCCCAUGGAUCCUGCCCACUGACGUGACUGGCAGGGGCUGAUGAAGGUUGGAGUCCAAAGACAUCCGCAUGGCCACAGCACCCUGACUGUUGCUCUAAAAUUCACUGGCUAGGAAUAGAGGAAGGUGCCAGACCAUUGCUCCGUCUAGCUCAGGGUUUUCUACUGGCAGCAGCUGUCUAGGAUUUUAGGCAGGGGACAGCUUUACCUGGACAUGCUAGUGAUUGGAGGUGGGGAGCUUGUGCAUGUAAAGAACAGCAAAACCAGAAGUUGGCCCUCGGGGAACUUGACAAAUCCGUGGUCUCCAGCUUGUAUUGAACCAACUUCAUUUGGUGUGAAGUUUGUGAAAUCUAAUUCUCCCCUCUUCCCACCACAGUUUCAGCAAAUUGCAACUUUAGCUUGCUUAUUCACUUUCUAUAAAUGAAGCUUGAUUUCAGCAGAGUUUAACCCAACACAAACAAUAGUGAUUGUAAUUUCAGGUUUCCACGCUAUUGACUGCGUGGAAGAGAAAAUACCUUCUAUUGAACAUGGUCUUGAAAGGAACUGUGUUAUUUGUCUCUCCCCCCCCCCAUUUCUUCCAUUCUUCUUCUUUUGGUUGGGUGGUUGUGUGGUUAAAUCAACCCUACAAUUUCCCCUGGAGAUGUUGUGUGUAGAAUGUAAUAUUAUGAUUUUAUGUUGCCCUGAUACCGCCAUCAAAGAUGGGUGGGCUGUUUAUCCCUAAUACUUGUGUUAAAGUCCUUGCCAAAGAAGCCAAGGCCUAGUUUUACACACACACACACACACACACACACACACACACACACACACACUUCGCCUUCAAUCAUAAUAAUUCCAUCUGAUCCAUGUGGUGGCUGCCAUCCAGAUAUUUAAUAACUGGAAGAGGAGUUAAGAGAACAGGUGAAAAACCCAUUCACAACUCCACCAAAGGAAGGGAUGGUUCUUAUGUUCUUUGGCUUCUCUAAAGGGGCAUAUUUUGUAUGUAUACAGUCAAUUCAGGUCUCAUGACAUGCAUUAUACCCAUGAAGGAACAACAGCACAGCAAGCAAUUAUGGAAUGGAAGUUUUAUACAUAUAUAAAAAACAGCAACACUAUAUGACAUAAACAAGAAAAAGUAAAUACUUCCUUCUGGCCACCCUGCGAGACAGAGGCAACUCCAGGGCAAAACAAAAAAGCACAAGAACCUACCUCCAAAACCAAGGCAACCAAGAAGCAAAUUAGAUUUGCUAUGGACUGAGCUCUGUCUCAUAUAUUAUUAUCUCCCCCAACAGAAACAAAGUUAUGUUUCACAUUAAAGGCUUGAUCCUAAACCUAUUGACUUGGAAUCAAGCCCUAUUGAUUUCAACUGGCUUUAUGUCCAAAUUUUAAGAAAGGCAUGAAGAGUUGUACUGUUCCCAUGUCUUUACCGUAUCUCUAUGAACACUACCAGCCAUUGCUCCUUUUGGAUUUCCUGCCUGCCAUGAAACAGCUAAAGCUCUAUAAACCAGAAGUGGGGAACCUGUGGCCAAACAGAAAUUGCUCCCAUUGGCAGCAUGGCCAAUGGCAAUAGAUAAUGGGAGAUAGAAUCCAACAACAUCUGGGCGGUCACAGAUUCCCCAGCCCUGAUCAUAAGAGAGUGGCACAAGCUGCCAAACUGGCUUGUGUCAGAGGUUCUGUGAUGUCAUCAAAGAAAUGGUUCAAUAGGAAAAUAGGUGAACCAAUCCACAUUCCUCGGGGACUACGUGAAACCAAGACAACCCUGGAUGCCACAAAGCAGGGAAGACAGAAUUUGAUUUUGGGAAAGUGAUGUGAUUAUGCUACUCUGUAACACCAUGUAUGUUGAUGCUGCAUUAAAAAAAAUAAUUAUGCAUGAGAAGCCUAACACACAUUUUUAUAUGUAAUUCCAUUAUCUUAAGAAGUAGCUACGUGGUUGUAGUUAUAAAUGGAUAUGCUGCAGGAAUGUUAUACAAUGAUGCCUUGUACAAUCAACUAAAUGUAAUGCUUCUAUGAGAUUCUUUGAAGGGUGUGAUGGAGUAACUACUAUCACUUGCAUAAUUUAACAGUGAUUACACAUAGCUCAACCUGACAAUCCACAUAUCCUAAUCUGGCAGUGCAUAAAAAUGGAAUAUUUAUUAUUCUAGACCAAGUUGGCAAGCCUAAGUGUAUUUUCUAGUGUAAGUUCAACUGAAAACAAUGCGACUUAUUGCUAAGUAAAUUCACAUGAUAUUGUGCCACAAACUGUAAUGUAAACAUACUUAACUGGGAACCUAACCCUAUUGAGUUUAAAGGGAAUUACUAUUAUUUUUAGUAUAGGCUUGCAUCAUAAGGUGGCAAAUCUUGCAUUAUCUUGUGCCGACAUCGUCAAUAAACCUCAUAUUUAGAAUCUCAGAAUACUGGACACAAUGGUUCCAUGGCCUAUUACAGCCUAUUAAUCUUGUGGGUACCAGACACAGAGCCUUAUCUGUGGUGG